GAAAACUACAUCCGGUAACUGGUUGCGAAUGAAAACAAAUUGGAAUAUGUUCUGAACUUCGCCAUUAUCUGUCAAUUUCUCCUUGCAAUUACAGUUGAGAUGGCGGCUUCAAUGAAAGCACUUAACCCAGAGCUGAAGAAAUAUCUUCGGUCCAACAAGCUACCAGACGUUUAUGAGGCGUUAAUCACAGGGCUAGCAGUGAUGUGUCCUGAUGACCCACACCAGUUCAUCCUGGAUAAUCUGCAAGUCCUCAUUGAAAAGGGUCUAGAGGGGCUAGAAUGGGACAUGUUUGUGGCAGAAUUCAUGAAGCCAGUGAACCGUAUCAUCUCCGAGAGCAACCUGGAGUUCAUAUUCAACAUGGAUGAUGACAGUAUGCUGGAUCCCAUCCCCAAACACAUAAUGCACCUUCUACAGCCGUCUGCCGAGAUGUAUGAGAAGGCACACCUCCACUACAACAAGAAAUCUAUGAAAGUCUGCUUCUGUUCCUGGAUGCAGUAUUACCUGAUCAAGAAGAAGGAAAGGUUGGAACUUGAGGCUAAAAUGGCCCGAGCAGUGACGCAUCACACCAAUCGCAUACUGAAACUGUGCCUAGAGGAAUGGAUGGAAUGGGUGAAGUACAGAAAAGGACGUCAAGCAAUGGCCUUUCAGAAGAUAUCUCAUGUGCUGAAUGUUUCCAUUGGUCGAGUGAUCUUCCAAGCGUGGCAUUCCCACACCCUUGAUGCUCGGAGGCAGCGAGAAUACUUCGAGUUGAUAGCAAAAAAUCAUGCACAGCCCCCUUCCAAACAUGAUUUGGACACUGAGGAUGAAUGUGUUACUGUAAAUCGACUGGAGCGUGGGGAGAACAUGGAGGAUGACGACGCCUUUGGUCAGGGGACGGGAGAGGCCCGGGACAGUCUGUCCAACCUGCCCCGCAAAGUGGCCAUACAGAUCUUCAAGUAUGUGGAUGUCGCAGACCUGGCGCGGUGUGCGUGCGUAUGUCGGUCAUGGAAGGUCAUCACACAGGCUAACACUCUCUGGAAUAGGUUGGAUUUCUACCAAGUUCGGAACAGAAUUAUGGAAGGGUAUGCACAAAGGCAUAACAAAAGCUGCGAUCUGAGUGGUCCGUCUGGCUUAAAGCCGCUAAUCAGUUGCUUUGUUGAUCAUGAAGUGGAGUUUGUUCAUCGGGUGACAGACAAAGUGGUAACCAAGUUGCUCUACAAAUGUCGGCCAUAUUUGAUCCACCUGAACAUGCGGGCGUGUCAGUUCAUCUCGGAACCCUCGUUUAUGAGCAUCAGCGAGUGCUGUAACCUGCAGGACCUCAACUUCUCACAGUGCCUUGGACUAGACGAUGAGAAACUGAAGUUGGUGGCCAAGGGAUGCAAGAUACUUCUGUACCUGAACCUUUCUCACACAAGCAUCACUGACGCCUCAUUGCGUACACUUGCCAAGUAUUGCAACAACCUGCAGUAUCUGUCACUGGCCCACUGCAAGAAGUUCAGUGACCGGGGUCUGCUCUACCUGUCCUCUGGGAAGAACAGCAAGAAGCUGGAUUAUCUGGACAUCUCUGGCUGUCUGCAGAUUACACCAGAUGGCUUCAAAAACCUCGCCAAUGGUUGUACCAAUCUGCAGACCCUGCUGUUGAACGAUUUCCCAACACUAAGCGAUGACUGCAUAUUUCCUGUUGCGGCCAAACUUACCCGGAUCCAUACGAUGUCUUUCCUGGGUUCUCCCAAUCUUACAGACGAGGCAUUUAAGCGGAUUGCAAACAACAAGAAUCUGAAGAAGAUCAAGAUUGAAGGCAACCAGCGUAUCUCAGACGUGAGUCUUCGUCAGAUAGGGACAAUGUGCACUAAUCUGGAGCACCUGUACAUCGCAGACUGCCAGCGUCUGACGGACCUCUCACUGAAGUCUCUCUCUACAUGCAGGCUGCUCACUGUGGCCAACUUUGCUGACUGUGUCAGGAUCAGCGACAAGGGUGUAAGACAGCUUGUAGAUGGGCCAUGUGGUCCUCGACUGAGGGAACUUAACCUAACCAACUGUAUCCGUGUGGGAGAUAUGGCCAUGGUGAACAUACACAAGAGAUGUCACAACCUGACCUACCUGAGUGUGUGUUUCUGUGAGCACAUCAGUGAGGCCGGUAUAGAGCUGCUGGGCCAGACACACAGCCUUACCUCUGUUGACAUCUCGGGUUGUAACUGCGGAGAUCAGGGGUUGUCUGCUCUCGGGAACAACAGUCGCCGUGACGUGACGCUGUCCGAGUGUGCCAGUAUUACAGAUCUGGGACUUCAGAAGUUUGCCCAGCAGUGCAAGAAUAUUGAGCGGCUGGAUUUGUCACAUUGCAUGCAAAUUACUGAUGGAGCCAUUAAAAAUCUGGCCUUCUGUUGUCGGAUGCUGAAUGUGCUCAACCUUGCGGGUUGCAAACUGGUGACAGACUUGAGUAUCCAGUACCUGUCCGGUGUCUGUCACUACCUUGUACAACUGGACGUCAGUGGAUGUCUUCUUAUCACAGAUAAAGCCCUGAAGUAUUUACGUAAGGGAUGCAAGAAACUGAAGUUGCUGACGUUACUGUAUUGUAAAGGAGUUUCAAGGAAUUCAGCCCAGAAGAUGAUGCGACAUGUGGAGACAGUUCAGUACAGCAACGACGAAGUUCCGUCCUACUUCGGAUACUGAGUGGAGACAGUUCAGUACAGCAAUGACGAAGUGCCGUCCUACUUUGGAUACUGAGGCAAACAUGGGGAAAGCACGAGGAAUAGGAAUGAUGUGAGAUACAUUAUUUGAUAAUACCACAGGGGCCUUGAGGAUCAGUGAUAGGUUGGCUUUAAUUGAUUUGUGAAAUGACCUGUGGAUUGUAGUUUGGUUAUUAUAAACUUAAUGAAAAACUUUAUUACUGGAUACAAUUUACAGAAUUAGAUAGGAGAAUAUAACUAUAUGUUUUGACACAAGAAGUUUUAGCUCAAUUGGAAUAUUGAUAAUUUUGUUUAACUGAAAUCUUCUGUUUUUUGUUAAAGGUUUUUCUACUGAGAUUAACUGUUUGAUUGUUUUUGCAAUAAAACAUUUUUAAAGAAGUAAUGUUUCUCUGAUUGAACCAUUUGAAUUUGGCAUAGACUGUACAAAGGUUUACGUUUUUUUUCAGUAUAUACAUUCUGUGGAGUAUAGAACUUGAAUAUUGCUAUAGUUUUUUUAAAAUGGUAAAUCAUAAAUUGGCCUUAAACUCUUGCAUUCAUUAUUUAAAUGCAUGGUAUUGUGUAAUUUUCACAAAAGUUUUACUUUGUCUCAGAAGUUAUUUCAUGACACUACAUUAGGAUUGGUGACAAACUUCAUCAGACAGCUUUGAAUGUCACAUGACUGAUUGAAUGUCACAUUACUGGUUGAAUGUCACAUGACUGGUUGAAUUUCACAUGAAUGGUUAGAUGUCACAUGACUGGUUGAAUAUCACAUGACUAGUUGAAUAUCACAUGACUGGUUGAAUGUCACAUGUCUGGUUGAAUAUCACGUGACUGGUUGAAUAUCACAUGACUGGUUGAAUAUCACAUGACUGGUUGAAUAUCACAUGUCUGGUUGAAUAUCAUGUGACUGGUUGAAUGUCACAUGACUGGUUGAAUGUCUCAUGACUGGUUGAAUGUCACAUGACUGGUUGAAUAUCACAUGACUGGUUGAACAUCACAUGACUGGUUGAAUAUCACAAGACUGGUUGAAUGUUACAUGACUGGUUGAAUGUCUCAUGACUGGUUGAAUAUCACAUGACUGGUUGAAUUUCACAUGACUGGUUGAAUAUCACAUGACUGGUUGAAUGUCACAUGUCUGGUUGAAUAUCAUGUGACUGGUUGAAUGUCUCAUGACUGAUUGAAUGUCACAUUACUGGUUGAAUGUCUCAUGACUGGUUGAAUAUCACAUGACUGGUUGAAUAUCACAUGACUGGUGGAAUAUCACAUGACUGGUGGAAUAUCACAUGACUGGUUGAAUAUCACAUGGCUACUUGAAUAUCACAUGACUGGUUGAAUAUCACAUGACUGGUUGAAUGUCACAUGACUGGUUGAAUGUCACAUGACUGAUUGAAUAUCACAUGACUGAUUGAAUGUAACAUGGCUAAAUGAAUAUCACAUGACUGGUGGAAUAUCACAUGACUGGUGGAAUAUCACAUGACUGGUUGAAUAUCACAUGACUGGUUGAAUAUCACAUGACUGGUUGAAUGUCUCAUGACUGGUUGAAUAUCACAUGACUGGUUGAAUAUCACAUGACUGGUUGAAUAUCACAUGACUGGUUGAAUAUCACAUGACUGGUUGAAUAUCACAUGACUGGUUGAAUAUCACAUGACUGGUUGAAUAUCACAUGACUGGUUGAAUAUCACAUGACUGGUUGAAUAUCACAUGACUGGUGGAAUAUCACAUGACUGGUUGAACAUCACAUGACUGGUUGAAUAUCACAAGACUGGUUGAAUGUCACAUGACUGGUUGAAUGUCUCAUGACUGGUUAAAUAUCACAUGACUGGUUGAAUUUCACAUGACUGGUUGAAUGUCACAUGACUGGUUGAAUUUCACAUUACUGGUUGAAUAUCACAUGACUGAUUGAAUGUCACAUGACUGGUUGAAUGUCCCAUGCCUGGUUGAAUGUCACAUGACUGGUUGAAUAUCACAUGACUGGUUGAAUGUCACAUGACUGGUUGAAUAUCACAUGACUGGUUGAAUAUCACAUGACUGGUUGAAUAUCACAUGACUGAUGGAAUAUCACAUGACUGGUUGAACAUCACAUGACUGGUUGAAUAUCAUAUGACUGGUUGAAUGUCUCAUGACUGGUUGAAUAUCACAUGAGCUUUGUAUAUAUAAUGGCCCCUGAUUUUAUGAGAGAUCAAACAUCCAAAUUACCUCAAACAUUUUGUUGAUUCAAUAAUUUGUAAGAGUGUGCUUAAAAAAAAUAUGGCCAAAAUCCUUUUUUUUAAGUAACCACAUUUUUUUUUAUGCAUUUUUUUUUCUUUUUAUGCAAAUGAAUGAAAGAGUUACUUUAGUGGGGACAACAGCCUGUUAGUUUGGGCAGACAAUUUUAAGUUCUUAUUUAUUUUUAAUGGAAAAUGUUUUCCUGAUUUUACAAGCAAAACACCAAAAAGAUAUGGAUGAUUUUAAAAUUAAUAGGUAUAAUGAUAGUAGUUGUGCCUCCGAAAAUGAUGUCCUUAAUUCUGAAGCAUGUUAUUUAUCAGAGAAUUUGACACAAACUUAAAUCUUACUUGACAACAAGUGAGAUACCAAUGUUUGCCUUAUCAUAAACAUGUACAGAGCUGUGAUAAUUUAUAUGAGCCAUGCUCUGGGAAAACGGGGCUUAAUGCAUUAAGGUAAAGUGUCUUCCAUGAUUAGCCAGUGCACCCCACACAGGCUAAUCCAGGACAAAACUUUACGCCUAAAACCGGAUUUUCGCUAAGAAGAGUUUUUUGAAAAUGAAAAAUACCAUCAAAUCAGAAAGUGUUGUCCCUUAUUAGCCUUUGUGGUCUGCACAGGAUAAUAUGGGACGACACUUUAUGCAAAUGCAUUAAGCCUUGUUUUCACAAAGCACAGCUAAAAUGUAUGCUUGUUUAUUGCUUGGCUUGUUUUGUUUAAUAAUAUAUAUUUAAAUAUAUUCUAAUAGAAUAUGAUUUGAUGCUGAUUUUAUGUAAAUGGCAUGAAUAAAAAUAGUUUUAUAUUAA